AUGAGUUCACCGCCAUGGACGUACAACACCCCGCCGGGGACGGAUACCGAUGGACCCAAGAUUGCGACUAUUGCGAUUGUGUUCACGGCCUUGUCACUGGUCAUUAUGGCCUUGCGGCUGUACGUCCGCAUGGUGAUGCUGAAAGCAACUGGUUCCGAUGACUGGGUCAUCGUUGUUACUUGGUUCUGCGCCGCUGGCUUUGCCGUCGUGAGCAUCAUGCAAACAAAAUGGGGCCUUGGUCUAAAGAAAUUGACCGACAUGCCGGAAGAGAAUCUCUACGAGUUCGGCCUUCUGCAGUACGCCGGAGCUCCAUUCUACAUCUCUAGCAUUCUCGGAUUCAAGCUCAGCUUGCUUCUAUCAUAUCUUCGUUUUAUCCCCAAGGGAAUCUACAGAUGGAGCACAUUUGCGACUAUCGGUCUCUGCAUCGCCUACCAUAUUGCUUUCUUGGUUGUGCAAAUCAACCUCUGCACACCGAUUGCGAAGCAGUGGGAUCCGACAAUUACCAACGGCUCUUGUAUUCCUGGUGUACCCUUCUACACCAGCAUGGCUGCCCUGACAAUUGUCUUUGACAUCGUUGUUAUGUUCCUACCAUUCCCCGUUCUCGCAACCUCGAAGAUCCAAAAGCGUAAGAAGUUCGUACUGCUCGGCCUCUUCGGCCUCGGCGCCUUCAUCACCGUCAUCCAAAUCAUCCGCAUCCAAACCGUCCACUCUCUCGCCAACUACCUCGACUCUGCCCCCCUCAUCAUGUGGUCCACCGUCGAGAACAACCUCGGAAUCAUCGUCACUUGCGUGCCCACCCUCGCGCCGCUAGUCAAGUACUUCAACGAGAAGAGCAGAUCAGGGAGUAGGAGUAACAAAUACGGCGGCGCAAGCGGCUACGGACGCAGCGCCGCCACUGGCAACGGCAACGUCGGAAGCAGAUACGCGCUACAGAGCUGGAGGCCGGGGAUGAGCGGCAUGCAGCCCCUGAGCAGCGGCAUUGACCGCAACGAGACAGAGGUCGGUAUCGAGGGCGGCUCAAGAAGGGGGAAGAGCUCUGAUGAUGGGAGCACGGAUUAUCACCUGGAUGCGCCGGUCAUCGUCAAGAAGACCGAGUUCGUGGUGACGAGCAAUCCGAGGGAACCCGAGCAGGUUUAA